AUGUCUAGGACAGAACUAGAACACAAGGAUGAUGAAGCGAUCAUUCCAUUCCGCGACUCCCUGCAUUUCUCUGACCAUCCUGUUCCCCGUCAUCUCACCAGCUCGCAGAAAAGGGCCAAUCAAUGGCGCAGAUGGUCAGAAGACAUCAUUCUGCGCAUGAUAGUGCCCUAUCUAUCUUAUAUCGAGGAGACUUUAUCGCUACGCCAUGCCAACAUACCAGGAGAACACCAUUCAAAUGAUGGAGAGUGCGGCACUGGGUGCAGAACUCGUAGUAUCAAGGUUGCAUGUGUACUUUUCGACGCUUUCGAAGGAAUCACCAUCAUCGCCUGUCCUUGUUUUCCCGCCCCGCUUCAGCUUCUUCGUCGCGGCCUUUUUCCAUGUGCGCCCAUGGUUCCAUCUCUGGCAUUCGUUCGCCUCCUCUUCAUUCGUCAGUCCCCCAACCAAACUGCUUGGUGCGAUGCUCUGGAGACCUUUCUUGAUGGAAUGAGGUACAAGUUGACAUCAAAGAAUAGCUUGCGGCAUCGCUUCAGCAAUGCAUUUCACUGGUACUGGGUCUUGACUGUGUUGGCUCGGGAUCACAUCUCUACCCUCAUUACUGAUGCCCGGAAGGACGGUUCUUGUGUGGACCAGCCUAGUGAGUAUCUUCGUUCACGGUGCCCACUCUGUUUCGGAGGGAACGAUUGGCGAAAUGAAGUGAGAGGUUCUCCUUCCAUGCCAAAUAUUAUUGUUUGCAUUGACGUGUGCUUCACACAAAAACAUUCCACAAAUCCUCAUGGUGCUACUGGCAACGAUCCUCCUAACCCAACAUUGUGUCGUGGAGAAAGUCGUCAAGCAAGGGCCUCCAGGGCGGAGCCAGACAAAGAUUGCUAUGAAGAGGGCAUGCAUGUACCAGUGUCAGUCUUGAACGGGUGUGGAGACUCUUUCAUCACUGCAGACAAAAAGCGAGAGAAGGCAAGUACUCGCUUCUUUAUUGAUACAGGCCUGAUGGCCUUGCUUUGUAGACACGAUCGUGUACUGUGGGUCGCGAACCUCACAUCGGCGGGAGAAAAACAACACUAUGCACUUGCUCUAUUGGACCGGUUGUUUAAACAUCUCCCUGCUCAGAUGACCAUUGGGCUUCUAUAUGACAUUGGAUGCCAGCUCGAAUGGAGCUGUCGCAAGUGGAAGUUUAUGGACAACUCUAUUCUAUCUCGCAUUGCGUUUUCUGUUGCCAUAUUCCAUGCCUAUGGUCACCAGUGGCCUUGUCAGAUCAUCUACCACCCCAGGAAGCAAGAAGGAUUUGGACUGUCUGACGGUGAAGGAUGCGAACAACUGUGGAGUUUCCUCAAGCCCCUCAUCCCCUCCUUGCGUGUUUCUGGGUUUAAUCAGCGGCUUUUCGUCCUCGACACACAAAUUCGUCAUCUGGACUCGAAAUCAUUACAAGGGUUUGAACAUUGGCUCCAUCGGCGCUGGAUCCACUGUCAAAUGAAGAAAAACGGUGCACUGGACAGUUUACAUGACUUACAGGUGGACGAACAUAUGCUUUGUGUAGAAUGGAAGGCUCAGGUUGAUCACCAGACGAAACCUGCACCACGACAAUCUAGAAACAAGGCAGCGGAGGUUAUUACUACCGUCCUAGCACUGGAGAAGACCCUAGAAGCUCAGGAGGCUUCUAUCUGUGAGCUCGAGAUGCAGCUCCAUGCUGCGCUUGGAACAGAGUACAAGGUCAACCUGGAGAAGAUAAAGAAGGAUAUUUAUCUUACGGUUCGCUUGAAUGCCCUUGCAGUCAAAACUCGUAUUCGCGACUGCCUUCGUCAAUGCAAGUUUGAGUUGGAGAGACUUGAGAGAUCAUACAGAGCAACAAUCAAUGCUGAGCACAAGCUUCAUGCCAAUACUCAGCAGUCGAUCAAGCGGCGAGAGCCUGGCAUCCUCAAAUUAGUUUCAAUGUACAAUGGUUUGUGUUCCCAACUACGAUCUCUUAUAUGCCAGUGUCAAGCACCUCCUUAUGCUGUUAUGCCUCACAUCAUCCUGCGUGAUGGCAUCUUUCUGCUUGAUGUUGAUGAUGACACUAUAGUGCCGCCAGCAUGGCUAUCAGAUGAUGCCGUUGAUCGGUGUAUGGAGGAGGAAGCUCAACUGAUGCGUGAGAGGGCUGUCAUUCAAGAAUGGAUGUUGGCGGAGUGGGGGGCCAUAAGAGGUGCCUCGAACAAUGCAGGUAUUGACGUUGCAGUGACAGACACAGUCAUAUCUUUCCACCUUCGGUCUUGUGCAGAUGAACUCAUCAACAUAUGUGUAGUCUGGAAGAAAAAGGUUCAGUGUAUUCCUUGCACAUGGCCAGCAGCUUGUGAUCAAGUGCAGUCAUCAUUUCGUGAUGAGGAUGAUGCCGAGAGUGUGGAAGGGGAGGAAGGUGAUUGUGAGGGAGACCUGGAAUAUGGUGAGAUCGGAGAUGAGGAACUGAUGGAUGCUAUUGAAGACAUUGCACUAGCGGACGAGUACAGGUAUGAUCACAGUAAUGAGUUAUUGGAUGACACGGAUGACAUUGAUGAUCACUUUAUGCCUUCCUCCCCUAUUAAAUUGUCAAAUAAAUGUCGGUGCAUAUAG